AUGUCGCAGAACGACUCCGCCGCCUGGCCCGUCGCCGACGCCGCCCUGACCCAGAACAUCCUCGACCUGGUCCAGCAAGCCUCCCACUACCGCCAGUUGAAGAAGGGUGCCAACGAGGCCACCAAGACCCUCAACCGCGGUGUCGCCGAGGUUGUCAUCCUCGCUGCCGACACUGCUCCCCUGGCCAUUCUUUUGCACAUUCCCCUGCUCUGCGAGGACAAGAACGUUGCCUACAUCUACGUUCCCUCCAAGAUGGCCCUCGGUCGCGCUUGCGGUGUUUCCCGCGCCGUCAUUGCCGCCUCCAUCACCACCAACGAGGCCUCCGACCUCAUGGGCCAGAUCCGCGCUCUCAAGGACAAGGUCGAGAGACUCAUGAUCUAA